AUGAAGGAGUACAUCCCAAAAUUAGAAAAAUGGGAGAAAUCCGACAACGUUGCUAAAAUGAUAAUAAGAUGCUCGCUCUCAGUUAACAUGAUGAGGAGAUUUCUUUCUAAUGAAAACAACACCGAGGGAUUAAGUGCUGAGGAGCUUCACAACUCCAUUAAAGCACACUUUAGAAAGGUUUUCCUCUUUGAUAACUUACUUAAUUCCUGUUAUGAUGGGAUAAGUGGUCUGGGUAAUCACGUUAAAAGCUUGUUUGAUUUGGCUUAUGAGUUGAAGGCACUUGGAUUAGAUGUGUCUAAUGAGUUUAUGGUCUUGCUAAAACAGGGGAGCAAGGGGAGCAAAGUCUAA